CCUCUGGUGUCGUCACCGGUCACUCAGCCCCAGCGGAUGCGCCGAACCUCGUCAGUCCAACUCUCGCCCAGCUCAGAGGAGGACCUGGUCCGUGGAGAGCCCACCCCCUCUGAAGAUGUGAGGCUCGGCUAGUUCGCUCCCGUCUCUCGGUCCGGUCCCGGACGUGUAUGCACUUUGUAGCCUCAGUUUUUUUGCUUUAUUUUGUGAGAAAUGGCGACUCGGUACACAUCCGGGCCACAAUGCCCAGACUCCAUUAUUGUCUGAGGCUGGAGGAUCCACGAACCUGCUGCCUGCCUCCGAUAAUCUCACAUUCUCAGCUCCUGCAGUGAAGGACAGAACCGAGAGGACAUGUCCAACCAAGGGGUUCGGCGGAACGGCCCGGUAAAGCUGCGACUAACAGUCCUCUGUGCCAAGAACCUGGUGAAGAAAGACUUCUUCCGACUUCCCGAUCCAUUUGCCAAAGUGGUGGUGGACGGUUCUGGUCAGUGCCACUCCACAGACACCGUGAGGAACACGCUUGACCCGAAGUGGAACCAACACUACGACCUCUACAUCGGGAAGUCUGACUCGAUCACCAUCAGCGUUUGGAACCACAAGAAGAUCCACAAGAAGCAGGGCGCUGGCUUCCUGGGCUGCGUGCGUCUGCUGUCCAACACUAUCAACCGCCUUAAGGACACCGGCUACCAGAGACUGGACCUGAACAAGCUGAGUCCAAACGACAGCGACACCGUCAGAGGCCAGAUCGUUGUGAGCCUUCAGUCCAGAGACCGGAUUGGCACUGGUGGCCCGGUGGUAGACUGCAGCCGCCUGUUUGACAAUGACCUUCCGGACGGGUGGGAGGAGAGGAGGACCACAUCUGGGCGCAUCCAGUACCUGAACCACAUCACCCGCACUACUCAGUGGGAGAGACCCACCAGGUGCGUCCGGACACCGGCGGUUCUUUCCCAGAGUCAUGACGCGGUCGUGAUCUCAAGUCUUGGCUGUAACAGACCCGCGUCGGAGUUCUCAAGCCCAGGCCGGCCUCCUAGCUGCAUCGUCGACGAGAACACCCCCGUCAGCACCAAUGGCGCCACUCCUACCACGGCGUUACCCCCAAGCGACGGCGACCAGCGUGCCCAGGAGCGGCGAGUCCGUUCUCAGAGGCACCGCAACUAUAUGAGCAGAACCCACCUACACACACCGCCGGACCUGCCUGAAGGAUAUGAACAGAGGACCACACAGCAGGGACAGGUCUACUUCCUCCACACACAGACGGGUGUCAGCACGUGGCACGACCCCCGGGUACCCAGAGAUCUUAGUAAUGUGAACUGUGAAGAACUCGGACCUCUUCCUCCGGGAUGGGAGAUCCGGAACACUGCCACCGGGAGAGUUUACUUUGUGGACCACAACAACCGGACCACGCAGUUCACUGACCCGCGUCUGUCGGCAAACCUGCACCUUGUUCUGAAUCCAAGUCCCAAUGAGUCCCGGGGAGCCAACGAGAGCCAGAAUGUGGGCCGUCAAAACCAGCUGAAGGAGCAGGUCCAGCAGACUCUGGUGUCACCGGGUCAGCUGCCUGAAGACGCCGAAUGCCUCACAGUGCCCAAGUACAAGAGAGACCUGGUGCAGAAGCUGAAGAUCCUGCGACAGGAGCUGUCCCAGCAGCAGCCUCAGGCCGGCCACUGCCGCAUCGAAGUGUCGCGGGAGGAGAUCUUCGAGGAAUCGUACCGGCAGGUGAUGAAGAUGAGACCCAAGGACUUGUGGAAGAGGUUGAUGGUGAAGUUUAGAGGAGAGGAGGGGCUGGACUAUGGAGGCGUGGCCAGGGAGUGGCUCUACCUGCUCUCACACGAGAUGCUGAACCCGUACUACGGACUGUUCCAGUACUCCCGCGAUGACAUCUACACGCUGCAGAUCAACCCGGACUCUGCUGUCAACCCAGAGCACUUGUCCUACUUCCACUUUGUGGGUCGGAUCAUGGGCAUGGCCGUGUUCCACGGGCACUACAUCGACGGAGGCUUCACGCUGCCCUUCUACAAGCAGCUGCUGGGGAAGCCCAUCACCCUGGAUGACAUGGAGUCUGUGGACCCGGACCUGCACAACAGCCUGGUCUGGAUCCUGGACAACGACAUCACCGGCGUUCUGGAUCACACCUUCUGUGUGGAGCACAACGCCUACGGAGAAAUCAUCCAGCACGAGCUGAAGCCAAGUGGCAAGAGCCUUCCUGUGACCCAGGACACCAAGAAGGAAUAUGUGCGCCUCUAUGUCAACUGGAGGUUCCUGCGCGGGAUCGAGGCCCAGUUCCUGGCCCUGCAGAAGGGCUUCAACGAGGUCAUCCCCCAACACCUGCUCAAGGCCUUCGACGAGAAGGAGCUGGAGCUGAUCGUGUGUGGGCUGGGUAAGAUCGACAUCAACGACUGGAAGUCCAACACGCGACUCAAGCACUGCACGCCGGACAGCAACAUCGUCAAGUGGUUCUGGAAGGCUGUGGAGUCCUUCGACGAGGAGCGCCGGGCAAGGCUGCUGCAGUUCGUCACCGGCUCCUCCAGAGUUCCUCUGCAGGGCUUCAAGGCUUUACAAGGAGCUGCGGGCCCACGGCUCUUCACUAUUCACCAGAUCGACGCCAAUACCAACAACCUGCCCAAAGCUCACACCUGCUUCAACCGGAUCGACAUUCCUCCGUACGAGCUCUACGACAAGCUCUACGACAAGCUGCUGACCGCCAUCGAGGAGACGUGUGGCUUCGCCGUGGAGUGACCACCAGGUUUCCUCCCAUCAGCUCACCACCUAGGCCAGAGGCACCCAGAACCUUCAUGUCGAGGGAGUAGGACCAGAGAACUAAACCCAAAUUCUGAGGGUCAUUUUUUUUUACCUUGUCUUUUGUAUCAGAAAUCAGCUGCUAAAGACUUUUUCUGAACUGGUCCCAACUCUGGGCCUGAAUUUUGGACCAGAUCUUCCUCUGGGACUGGCUGUCAAUCUGGACCCCUGAGGAGACCACUGGUCACGCUGUGACCUCUGAACCCCCAACCCUGUUCAGACAUCGAGUCAUGUGACCAAAACAUGUUUUCUCAAGUGUGGAGUUUUUAUUAUUUUUAUUUAUUUCACUUUUUAAAACUUUUUCUGACCCCAAGCUUUUCUUUUUUUAACUUGAGAUUUUUGAACAAUUGAAAAAUGUAGUUUUCGUCAAUGUAGCCAUGAAGACUCAGACCCCCGUGUGAGGUUGUGAGCUGCAUGCAUGUAGCACCACCAGCCUCUGGUCAGCAACAGAAACCUUCGGCUGAAUUACUGUCGUCGUCGCUGGAGGAGAACGUUUUGGUCACAUGACUCUGCCUCUGAUGGUUCGUGUCUGCAAAGACUAAAAAGACUUGAGAAGUUAUUUUUAUACGACCAAGACGUCAGAUCUUUAUAAUAUAUAAUUUAUUUAGCUGCAUCCUGACGACUGGCGCUGCUGAACACAAUCACGGAUCUGUCCGGGUUCGGACCCGUGGACUGAUGAAGCUGUCGUCGUGCCAAAACAGCUUUUCACCUUUCUGAAGUCGAGUCGACCCUUUAAACGUCUGACCAGUCACGUGGCCCGCUGGCUGUUCCUCUGCUCACAGACUUGUCCAUCCUAAGAGCAGGUUCGACCUGUGGACCACACGAGUCACUUCAGUCCAGUCAUCCAGUCAGUGUUUGACUUCCACAAGUGGGAUGUUCUUCUCCUCUCAUCUGGACUCGUGUACCCUAAUCAAAGGAGGUUUAUUUAUAAGAAAAUAAAAAGUGAACGUUGUUGGAUUCAAACUUGAUCGUUUGGAAGUUGACAUUUUGUUGUUCGAAGUCAUUUGCAAGUUCAACUUCUGAGAUAAAUAACAUAAAUUCUAAGAUAAAAGUCUUCAUUUUGACAUUGAAAUGUCAAUGUUUUCACCUAUAAAAUGACAAGUUAGAGGCCCGCGAGAGUAAUGCAAAAAUGAUGUCAGGAAAAAAAGUGUUCAGUUGCAGAGGAGACCCCUGGUUCUGUCCGAGCCUUGUUGUCAUUAUACUCCAUUGUCAUCUCCGUCAGCCGUCGACUGUGUUUCCCGUCUCUCAUCUUUUGUUUGAGGGGUUCUUGAAUGUUUGGAACAAAUGCUGCCUGAUGAGCAACAACCUGGACCAGCGGAUUGUUCCGGCACUGACGGGUCUUUCCGCGCCUCUGUGUGGGGGUUUGGGUUCUUUUUGUGGAUCACAGAAACUGUAAUUUAUCUUAACUUAAAAGAAGAAAGAGAAUCGCACACCCCACACGACUGGCUCCGAGCCGCAGAGCGGGAUCGUCUCUCUCACGUCCCUGACUUAUGCAAUUUGUCCUAUGAUAACACUCAUUUUGUAAGAGUAUUUUAUUUUUGUGUGUAAUUAGUUCGAAUUAAACUGCCUUUGUCUAACGCUGGAGCACAGCAGACUCUUCUUCUUCACACGUUUCAGGACUUCGGGAGGUGUGAUGGUCAAGACGUUUACAUUCCAAUGGCUCUUUGGGGUCACGGUUGGGGGUCGGAGGCUGAGCGGGGGAUUGUUGUUUAGCAUGUGUAUAGGGAGUUGAUAAAGGGUUUUGUUGGAAACAGCUCAAGAGUCAAUAUGGAAAUUGAAACUUUGAUUUCUCUAACUGCAUUUAUUUACAAUUUUUUCUGCUCACAUGGACAUUAGCUUUGAUUGAAUCGGCGGACUUUCUCAGUCUUUGUUUCCCCUAUUUCAUGAAGUACAUUGUUCAUAUUGCUGAAUAAAUAUAUUUAUUUAUCGCAUUUCUUAACCAUCUUCUAUCAUACGCUAAAGGCUGAUAAUAUUUGCAAUAAAAUCCAGAGUGAUUGUCAAGUGUUGUUCAUGUCCUCUGAACUGGAGGCUUCCACCAUGUUGUUGGCUGUAAACUUUCAUAAGCAAUAAAAGUGAAACAAGAGGCCUUCCCCAAACGUGACUCUGACGUCACCUGGUUGAAAACAAAUGUUUGUGUUUAAAGUUUUUAAGGAGCCGAAAUCUUAAGGUGUUGUUGAUUUGAUUAAUUUCAAUCGAUAGUUUUGU